AUGCUGGCGCGUCGUGCCCAUGUAUGGAAAACACUAUGUAUGCUACGAUGCUUCCAUGUAUGUACCAGUACACAGAAAUUCGUGCAAAAAUCAAUAAAAGAUCUCCCCAUACGUUUAUCAUCUAAGGCUUUGACAAAUCCCGUACCCAUAUCACCAAAUGUUUCGAAUGAGUGGCCACCACUUGCCUUGGGUGUCAUGGAAAAUAUGCGCUCCUUCCCACAAUGUAUCUUGCUCACACGCGUUGGUGGCUUCUAUGAAUCGUACUUUGAACAGGCACCCAAAGUUUCGAGAAUGCUUAGCAUCAAAUUGGCGUCGCGAAAAUGGGCAGGGCAAAGUAUUCCCAUGGCAGGAUUUCCUAUCCACCAGCUUGAAAAAUACCUCAAGGUAUUAGUCCAAGAUCAUGGUGUACUUGUAGCCAUAUGUGAAGAAUUCAAGACAUCAUCUAGUAAUGCACCAUUUGAACGCCGCGUCACUCGUGUUGUGUCGCCUGGCACACUCAUUGACGAACGAUUUCUGGACCCUUUUCACAACAAUUUCAUAUUGGCUGUUUCUCCACCUUUCAACGCAAGCUCCUAUGGCCUUGCAUGGCUCGAUGUGAGCACCGCUGAUUUUGGCACGGCUGUGCACUAUGACGCCAAGGCGUUGCGUGAUGCCAUCGUGAGGAUUAAACCACGUGAGGUGGUUUUGGUUUCUGAUGCAUUUGAUCGCUCGCAUCCAGUAUAUGAGGCUACCGAUCGAGUCAAAGCAGCUUUGGCUUGCAUUCCUGCACCGGAGACUUCACAAAUAAAAACGGAAUUAAUCGAUGCAACGAAAGCGCAUAUGUAUGAGGCGGAGAACAACGCGAUCCAAGUUCUCACCUCAUAUCUUCAAACACGCCUCUUGGACCACAUGUCGGACAUGUCUGUAAAUCAAAGUCCAUUGCGUGCCUCAACCGAUUGUACUAUGCGACUUGAUGCGUCAACAUUAAGUGCCUUGGAAAUUCGUGAAACACAAGACCAAAGUACUCGAGGCAGUCUUUCUAGUAUUGUUCGUCGUACUGUCACACAAGGUGGUGCUCGUUUGUGUGUCCAAUGGCUUACGAAUCCCAGCAUGUCCCUACAAUUGAUUCGUGCGAGACAUGUUCUGGUCGAACUAUUUCUCCAAAACGCAUUUAUACGCCAGGAUCUACGCUCCCUUAUGCGUAUCGGAGCUGGUGAUAUUCUGCGAACACUUCAGCGCAUAAGUCUUCGUCGAAAUGAUGAACAAGACUUGCUCGAGAUCCGGGAUUUUAUUCGUACAGGUGAGGACAUCAUCAAGAUUCUCAUGCCGUUAGACAGCCAAGAACUCCAGGAAAUGCUGCAGCGCUUUACUCCAUUGAGUGAUUUGGGUGAACGACUUGAGAGAGCGAUCGACGAGCGUGUUAUGGAGAAGCGCCUUCAGCAGCGAGAGGCCCUAUUUCACUCACAAGACCCGUCAUAUGCCGGGGGUCCUACGCUGACAUCGGAUGCGCCCCCUCUGCCCAAGCGCACGAAACGAGCAUCUGCAUCAACGGAACUUAUUUUGACGGAAAAUAUGUGGGGUGAUGAUAUCGAGCAUCUUAUAAGGCCUGAUUCUUCACCCCUUCUGCAAGCAUUGACUAACGAGUAUGAUGCUUUACGUUUGAAAGCGCGUAAGCUUGAAAAUGCACUUCGUAAAGAGCAUUCAGAAGCUGUCACACUCAAGUUUCUCAUGGGCCAGGGACACGUUGUGCAUUUUCCCUCUGUUAAGGGUGAAGUGGAUGAUUCACUGUCAUUAGCCUACAAAACGAAGACCACACGUACUUUUUACCAUGCCGAAUGGACACGAAUCGGGAUGAAGUUGCAAAAACUUCGAGAGCAGCUUUCUGAAUACGAGAGCCGUAUGCUAGAGGCGCUACGUCUUGAAGUUCUUGAGCAUACUGCCGCCUUGCGUCGUAACGCCCGUCUUAUCGAUCAACUCGACGUUCUACUUGGAUUUGCACAGGUCGCGCAAGAACUCAAUCUUGUCCGUCCGAUCAUGGACGAUUCAACUAGUUUCGACAUACAGGGUGGACGGCAUCUAAGUGUGGAAAUGGGCUUGCUAGAGCGUGAGCGCUUGUUCACGAAGAAUGACCUGAAAAUUGGCGAAGGAACACGGCUGCAUCUUAUAACAGGCCCUAACAUGGGUGGCAAGUCAACAUUUCUUCGGCAAAAUGCCGUAAUAGCUGUCCUGGCACAGGCAGGCUCAUUCGUUCCAGCUGAAAAAGCACGCCUCGGCCUCGUUGAUGCCAUAUUUAGUCGUGUUGGUGCUAAAGACGACUUGUUUCACAGUCGCAGUACAUUUAUGGUCGAGAUGACGGAAACAGCAGAACUCUUGCAUCGAGCGACACCGCGGAGCUUCGUUAUUGCUGAUGAAAUUGGUCGUGGCACAAACACUUCUGUUGGACUGUCUGUCGCAUUUUCUGUCUUAUACACUUUGGUUAUGCGCAUUCAAUGCCGGUCUCUUUUUGCAACGCAUUACUAUGAACUGGCCGACAUACUGAGUGAAAAUGUUUCUAACGAAGUUGAGAUCCAGGCCCUUUGCCGAGCGAUUGAAUUUUACUGCACACGGCUUGAGAAGCAGGGUGACGCCAUGUCCUUUUCACAUCGGGUGCGUCCAGGCGUAAAUCGCGUGUCUCAUGGACUUGAUAUUGCACGCUUGGCAGACAUGCCUCAUGAUACCAUUCGAAUCGCCGAGCAUAUGCACACAUGGCUUGUGCAGCAUGGGCAAGCACAUUUACAAACCAAAGGGCUGUUACAAGAUAUCCUCAAAAGCAAACCCUAG